AUGAACGGCUCGUCACGACCCUCCUUUGACCCCUCGCGCCUCACUAAGGCCUCGGUCGCCGACUACUCCUCAUCAGCAUCCGAAUCCGAGGACGACUACCUCGCCCCGGGACUCGAUGCCGACAAUGAUUUCGGCGAUGCCAAUCCUCGAAAGCGACGUCGGUUAGGAGGCAACAGCAAGGAAAAGGCUGCGCUGGGCAUCUUUGGGUCCGACAGUGAGGAUGAUGGGCCAGCAAGGAAGUGGAAGAGAAAGACACUCAGGAGUAAAGGAAUGAGCUUUGUCGCCACAGGCGCGGGAGAUCGAGACGACAGCGACACUGGAGGAAGGGACCAAGCCGAUGACGACUCCGAAGACGCUAGGCCUAUGAUCGGGAACAACACUCAGGAUCAGGACGAGGAAGACGACGACGACGACGACGACGACAGAGGGGUUGGGCUUGGGUUUGGCGGCGCAUCCCGUAUGAUGGGGAAGUUUGGGAACUCACAAGACACUCCACAAGAGGCUAGCGGAGGUUCACCGUCCUACCCGACAUUUCGGACCAAGUUUAAUGGGAAGAAUCCCUUGGGGAUGGGAUUUGUCCCAUCCUCUUCCCGCCAACCCGUUUUGAACGACCCAGGAAACAAUGGCAGUCCGACGCCGAGAAACAAACCACAACCUAGCGCCUUUGGAGCCAAGGGGAAGGUUAACGCCAAAUCCUUCGGUGCUCGAAUGAUGGCAAAGAUGGGCUACCAAGAGGGCAAAGGUCUGGGCAAGGAGGGCCAGGGCCGAAACAUCAUCAUCGAGGCCAACUUGCGGCCACAGGGUGUUGGAUUGGGCGCUGUCAAAGAGAAGUCGGAACAAGAGCGAAAGGAAGAAAAACGACAGGCUCAGAUGCGCGGGGAGGUCGUUGUAGACUCUGACGAAGAAGAAAAGAAGAGAAGACGGAAGAAGGCUAAAGCUAAGACGCUUGGAAGCGCCUUUGAUAGCGCCGCCAGCACCCCGAGACGCCAAAAGACCAAGUACCUCACGGCCGAGGAGCUCAAGGCUACGGCGCCUGGUCUCCACAUUCCUGACGCUUUCGCCCCAAUCCUCGAUAUGACUGGACCCGGAAGCAAGAUGCUGACUUCAACGAGCGGUAUUAUGACACCAACAACCGGAACAGCUACUCCGGAGUCGACAGAAGUUAUUGAAGCAAGAAAGUUGGUUAAGCGGGCCCAAGCAGAUCUCCUUGCCUUUUCCGAUGAGUGGAAGAGCUUAGAGGAACGAAAGACGUGGAUCGACUUGGAGUUGAAGGAAAAAGAGCAGGAGAUGGACGACCUGGGCUCCGAUCUCGGGAGACUCCAAGUUUUCUCGGAUCUUGUGACUGGCGAAGUUGCGACUGCCGACUGGGAGCAACUUAUUCUCUGUCUCCAGAAAGCCCUUGAGCUUGGAGUGGCCCAAGCUGAGGUUGCCGACAUUGCGGUUGCAGCGGUUCACCCAUUUCUGCGAGAUGCAGACUGGAAUAUUCUCAAAGAGCCAACCCGAUUCGCCUCGGACCUGACAGGUCUUUCCCGUCUAUUGAUGCCAUCGGAUGGUAACCAAAAGUCGCUCGGAAAGUGGCAUUCUUCUGAAAUCAACAAUAAUGAUGUUUACAGAAGCCACCAUAAAGCCACCACUGCUUUCGAGAGCAUGAUGUACAAGAACUGGCUGCCCAAGGCGCUUGCGGCAGUCCGUGCUUGGGACGUCCUCGAACCGACACCUAUGCUUAGCAUUCUGGAAGCUUGGGAUGAGUUGCUCCCGCCCUUUGUUCGGGCCCAGUUUAUCGACAACAUCACCCGGAAGCUAGAGACUGCUGUGUCAGACUGGAAUCCCAGAAAGAGGCGUCAGAGCCAUCAUUUACCUCAUAUUUGGCUAUUCCCUUGGCUUCAGCAUCUUCCGUCAUACCACUUAGACCCUCGGGGAACUGGACUCGUCGCUGAUGUCAGAAGAAAGUUCCGGCAACUGAUUGACUCGUGGGAGUUCGAGCGAGGACUUUUGCCCGGGCUGACACAGUGGGAAAGUGUGCUCGGAGAUCAAUGGCGGCCUCUCGUUAUGUCACAUGUGCUCCCGUCUAUGGGCAAGUACAUGCGCACCAACUUCCGUGUCGAUCCCGCCGAUCAGGAGCCUUACCUGCCAGUGCUGACAGGAGUCCUCACGUGGAUACCGAUACUCAGGACCAGGAAUGUAGCCGAAGUCCUCGUACAGCACAUGUUCCCUAUGUGGCACGAGAAGCUGGAACAAUGGCUAGCGCUUGACGACGCCGACCUGAGUGAGGUGGCGGAGUGGUACGGUUGGUGGAGAGGCGUCCUGCCACCAGACGUUGCCGAAGCGCGAGGCGUCAGGGGCGAAUUUGACAAGGGUCUCCGCGUCAUGGUGAAUGCGGUAGCAGGAACAUGA